AUGUACGAAUUCCUCGGUGCAGUCACAGCACGCUCUGCCAUGAUAGAAGGUGCUGCCAAUCAGAUUUCUACCGUCUCUGCGUGUAUUGGCUUGCUCAUUAUGCAGGGUGUUGCUUGGUAUACUAGCGAAGACAUUGAACUCUAUGCUGUCGUUUUGAUCAAAUUUGCUGCUGCUUGGGUUGUUGUUGGGAUUGCUCUUGGAGUUGUUGUUGCCAUCAUGUCCAUGUUUCGUUUUCAAGCUGAUUGGAAUCCUCGUACUCGUGCAUGGCCUAGUGGUCCUAAGCUGCCUGCCUUUUUCAUGGCUUUCCGUGAAGUAUUUUCUGCAUUGGCAUCAUUAUUUAUCCCCAUGACGGAUGCUACAGACCAUAUCUUAAGGUAUGGUCUCGGGUAUGGACGGUUCGCUAUAUCAAUCACAGUAUUGCUGGUCGUUACAACUAUCGCAUACAUGUAUUUAGAUGCCCAAGCUGCUAUUGCUCCUCCUGCCGGUGGCCAGCGUAAAAAGAAAAAGGCUCAAUGA